AAGAGACCACACUUCCUUUCUUCCCCCUACCUCUACCGUCCUACUCCUACUCCUAUUCCUAGUUCCUACCCCCCAAUCCCACACCUCUCCUUUCUCUCUCUCUCUCUCUCUCUCUUUAUAUCUCUUCUCUCUCUUUCUUCCUUCCUUCAAUUCUGCUCUUCUUUCAAUUCUGCAUAAUACAUACAGAGUUAGUUUAUAGUGAUGGAGUCCGCUGCAGAUAAUCAUAGCACCGACUCCAAUUCCGAGGCCGACAACAACAUGACCCGACCCAUAUCCUCCUCUUCUUCCUCCUCCGCUGUCCAGCGAGCCCUUCUCCUGAUCCAAUCGGACGACUCCGAUUCCAAGCUCCAAGCGGCCCGAGAGAUCCGACGGCUCACCAAAACCUCCCAGCGCUGUCGCCGCCAGCUCUCCGAAGCCGUGAAGCCACUCGUCUCCAUGCUCCGAGUCCGAGUCGACUCGCCCGAGUCACAGCCCCAACACGAAGCCGCCCUCCUCGCCCUCCUUAACCUCGCCGUCAAAGACGAAAAGAAUAAGAUCAGCAUUGUGGAAGCUGGUGCCUUAGAACCCAUAAUUAGUUUCCUCAAGUCACAAGAUUUAAACCUACAGGAGUAUGCCACUGCUUCUCUGCUUACUCUAUCUGCUUCAACCGUCAACAAGCCAAUUAUAACUGCUUCUGGUGCCAUUCCUCUCCUUGUGCAAGUCCUUAAACAUGGAAGCCCACAAGCCAGGGCUGAUGCAGUAAUGGCCCUUUCCAAUCUCUCAACACACCCAAAUAAUCUUCAUGUCAUUCUUGAAACCGAACCAAUCCCGUCAAUAGUUAAUUUGCUUAAAAACUGUAAAAAAUCUUCAAAAACUGCUGAAAAAUGCAGUGCUCUCAUAGAGUCUUCAGUGGGUUUCGAGGAAGGCAGAAUUGCUUUGACAUCAGAAGAAGGUGGAGUGCUUGCAGUGGUUGAGGUGCUUGAAAAUGGCUCUCUCCAAAGUCGAGAGCAUGCAGUGGGAGCAUUGCUGACAAUGUGUCAGAGUGAUCGAUGUAAAUAUAGGGAACCGAUUCUUAGAGAAGGGGUAAUACCUGGACUUCUUGAGCUCACUGUUCAAGGAACACCCAAGUCUCAAUCUAAAGCACAAAUGCUCUUGCAGCUGCUGAGAGAGUCUCCAUAUCCAAGAUCCGAGCUUCAACCUGACACACUGGAGAACAUAGUGUGUAACAUUAUAUCUCAAAUUGAUGGAGAGGAACAAUCCGGAAAAGCAAAGAAGAUGCUAGCAGAGAUGGUGCAAGUUAGCAUGGAACAGAGCUUGAGACAUUUACAACAAAGGGCUUUGGUAUGCACACCAACUGAGAAGCUGCCUAUUGCUAGUUGUACUUCUGAAGUUUCUUCAAAAUGAUCGAUUUGGUUUACACCUUUGUCUUUUCCACAUGGGGUUUGUAAAAUGUAAUUUUCCAUAGCAUAAAAAAAAAAAAAAUAGUAAGGAAUGCCAGUCCAGGCCGUCUAUGGUGGUAUCGGGUGACUGGUAAAUGUCAAUAAACUUAAAAGGUUGUUUGAAGUUAAAAGCAUAAUUUUGUAGUUGGUUUGUAAAGGGACUUAACUGUAUUAAUAGUGUUAUACAAAUGGUACAGUUCUUCUUU